AUGGAGCAUGAUAUUCAAAACGGCCCUUCCAAGACACAACGUUCCAGCAUUGACAUUGAAAAGGGGGAAGACCACGAUCAUGUCGAGAUCGAGGCAAAGCCGAUCCCACCACCGUCUGGGAAUGCGCUAGCCAAGAAGCUCAAGAGUCGACAUAUGCAGAUGAUAGCUAUCGGAGGUUCCAUCGGUGCCGGACUCUUCGUCGGCAGCGGCUCAGCCCUUCGCUCAGGAGGUCCAGCAUCCUUGAUCAUCGGCUUUUUGAUCACGGGCUUGAUGAUGCUGUGUACCAUGCAGGCGCUCGGAGAACUCACCGUGCUCUAUCCUGUCAACGGCGCCUUCUACUCCUACGCAGUCCGCUUCAUCGACCCGUCCUGGGGCUUUGCGAUGGGCUGGCAGUACGGGCUCGCAUGGCUGACCGUCUUGCCAUUCGAGUUGACCGCCGCUUCCAUCACGAUCGAGUUCUGGCGCAGCGACAUCCACCCUUCCGUCUUUAUCGGAUCAUUCCUCGUGAUUCUCUGCCUCAUCCAGAUCUUCGGGGUCCGCGGCUAUGGCGAAGUCGAAUUCUUUCUGUCUAUGGUGAAAGUCUGCGCAUGCAUCGGUUUCAUCAUUUUCGGCAUCGUCGUUGACGUUGGCGGCGUCUCGACAGACAACAGGGGCUAUAUUGGGGCAGAAUACUGGCAUGAACCGGGUGCUUUCCGCAACGGCUUCAAAGGGUUCUGCAGUGUGUUUGUGACGGCUGCAUUCGCAUAUGGAGGGACUGAACUUGUCGGUCUGGCUGCCGCAGAGGCGACUGACCCAGCGAGAUCACUGCCCCGAGCUACGAAGCAGGUCUUCUGGCGGAUCUUCUUCUUCUAUGUCGUCAACUUAUUCAUCUUGGGGCUGAUUCUCCCCUCGGAUGACGACAACCUACUUGGCUCCAGCGGCGCGAACACCAAAGCAUCUCCGUUCGUCCUGGCGAUCAAAAUGGCCGGCGUGCCUGCGCUACCAUCGAUCUUCAAUGCCGUCAUCACUAUCUCGGUCAUCAGCGUCGCCAAUUCGUGCACCUUUGCCAGCUCUCGUACGUUGCAGGCUCUGGCGGCGAAUCGCAUGGCGCCUCAAUUCCUGUCGUACAUCGACAAGUCGGGCAGGCCGCUCUGGUGCAUCGUCCUGCAACUCUUGUUCGGGUGCAUCGCUUUUGUCGGAGAGGCAAACGUCUCGGGCCAGAUCUUCACUUGGUUGCUCUCGUUGACGGCCCUAUCGUUUUUCUUGGUCUGGCUCAGCAUCAACCUCGCCCAUAUUCGCUUCCGGGCAGGGUGGAGACGGCAGGGCUUCUCAAUUGAGAACCUACCGUAUCGUGCUAGCUUUGGCGUCUAUGGGUCAUAUCUCGGUCUGUUCCUGAAUGUCAUUGCUAUAAUCGCGACGUUUUAUGUCAGCUUGUUUCCCUUAGGCGGCAAGCCGAACGCCAAAGUCUUCUUCGAGAAUUACUUGGCGGGACCCUGCGCCCUCGGGUUUUAUGUGUUCUGGAAGCUGUACUCCCGCAAUUGGAGUUUGUUUAUACGGGCGGGAGACAUGGAUGUCACAAGUGGGUUGAGGCCAGGCUGGAAUGAAGUGCCUCAGGACGGUACGCAGAAGCAAUCAGGAUUGAGGAGGGUGCUCUCCGCCUUUAUAUGA